GCGCGCGCGGGGCGGGAGCGCGAGCCGGCGGCGGGGGCGGCGGGCUGGAGCGCCCGGAGGAGGAGGCGGCGGCGGCGGCGAGAGCCCGAGCCUGAGCCCGGCCAGGGCGAGCGGAGCAGGCGGCGGGCGGAGAGGCUGGCGGCCGGGCUGCCCCGCGAAUCCUCCCGCAUCCGGCCCGGCGGGCCGCUCCCGCUCGCGGCAGCCCCCCGAGCAGCGGCCCGGCACCGGCGCCUUCCCGGCGGGUGAGAGCGAACCAUGGAGCUCCGUGUGGGGAAUAAGUACCGCCUGGGCCGGAAGAUCGGGAGCGGGUCCUUCGGAGAUAUCUACCUGGGUGCCAACAUCGCUUCUGGUGAAGAAGUUGCCAUCAAGCUGGAAUGUGUGAAAACGAAGCACCCCCAGCUGCACAUCGAGAGCAAGUUCUACAAGAUGAUGCAGGGAGGAGUGGGAAUCCCGUCCAUCAAGUGGUGUGGGGCCGAGGGCGACUACAACGUGAUGGUCAUGGAGCUGCUGGGGCCCAGCCUUGAGGACCUCUUCAACUUCUGCUCCCGCAAGUUCAGCCUCAAGACGGUGCUGCUCCUGGCCGACCAGAUGAUCAGCCGCAUUGAGUACAUCCACUCCAAGAACUUCAUCCACCGGGACGUCAAGCCGGACAACUUCCUCAUGGGGCUGGGGAAGAAGGGCAACCUGGUGUACAUCAUCGAUUUCGGCCUGGCCAAGAAGUACCGGGACGCCCGCACCCACCAGCACAUCCCCUACAGGGAAAACAAGAACUUAACCGGCACUGCCCGCUACGCCUCCAUCAACACCCACCUGGGCAUCGAACAAAGCCGCCGGGAUGACCUGGAGAGCCUGGGCUACGUGCUCAUGUACUUCAACCUGGGCUCCCUGCCCUGGCAGGGCCUCAAGGCCGCCACCAAACGCCAGAAGUACGAGCGGAUCAGCGAGAAGAAGAUGUCCACACCCAUCGAGGUCCUCUGCAAAGGCUACCCCUCCGAGUUCUCCACAUACCUCAACUUCUGCCGCUCCCUGCGGUUCGACGACAAGCCCGACUACUCGUACCUGCGCCAGCUCUUCCGCAACCUCUUCCACCGGCAGGGCUUCUCCUACGACUACGUCUUCGACUGGAACAUGCUCAAAUUCAUGCGGCCCCCCUCUCGCCAGCCCCCCGCCCUUCCCUGUGGACGACCCCAGGACCAACUAGGGUGCAGCCCGGAAUCCCGAGGACGUGGACCGGGAGCGGCGAGAGCACGAGCGCGAGGAGAGGAUGGGGCAGCUCCGGGGGUCUGCGACCCGGGCCCUGCCCCCAGGCCCGCCCACGGGGACCCCCGCCAACCGGCUCCGCAGUGCUGCCGAGCCUGUGGCCUCCACCCCAGCCUCCCGCAUCCAGCAAGCUGGCAAUACUUCUCCCAGAGCGAUCUCACGGGUCGACAGAGAGAGGAAGGUGAGCAUGAGGCUACACCGGGGCGCUCCGGCCAACGUUUCGUCCUCCGACCUCACUGGGCGGCAAGAGGUCUCCCGGAUUUCAGCCUCACAGACAAGCGUGCCAUUUGACCACCUCGGGAAGUGAGGGGAGCUCCAUCGGACCAGUAUUUGCUUAGUGUCUUCACUGUAUUUUCUUUCAAAAAACAACAAAAAGAUGGGGAAAAAACCACUCAAAAGAACAAAAACGACAAAAACCCAGCACAAAAGCGACGAUGGAUUUUGUUUCUUUAAUUUUUUUUUUAUUUUAAUUUUUUUUUUUUUUUUGGCCAACGGCAAGAAGAUGAGAUGCCCUCAGCACCGAGGAUUCUUGUCCCUUUGCAUUUCCCGCUGCCCACGCCUUCAGGCUGCCAAAGGCUUCCCCAGACCCCAGGCCACACGUGCCAGACGCCCGCCGAGGCCCUGCCCGGUGAUGCUGAGGCCAGGAGAGGGACAGCUCAGCCUCGAGGGCCACGAGGAGGCGGCCAUGAGGAGGUGGCCAGGAGCCUGGGGAGUGGUUUGACUGUUUGGGUGGAGCCGGGUGUCACCAGGGGUUCUUGAGCCUCAGAACCACAGGAGACUCGGCCCCCGCUGCCCGGGGCGAUGGUGGCUGGCUUCCCGAGAGGGCUUUCCCAGCGUCCCCCUGAGCGUUUGGGCUGUCCUUUGCCUUGGCAAGGGGACUUCAGUUGUGGGCGGUAAGGUGAUGGCGGCCGAGCGUCGUCCUGUGCCUGUGUGUGCGUAUGUGACCUGCAUCCCCCGGGACAGCAGGACCUGCCCCCUGCCAGGCGGAGUUUCUGUUCUCAUCCCUCUAACCAGGACACCGGGUGGGUGAUGACGACCUGCGUGCGUCUCGAGAAGGGCACAGAGCGUCCUGGCCGCCACCAGCCCCUCACCACCCAGGGCAGCCCUGUCCCCAAUGCCUGGAGACUCCCAGAAAGCACCUGGCUCCUGGGGUGUGGAUGAAUUUCCUGGUCCUGACACCCCCCGGGGGCCACCCCCCUGCACCCAGCCUCUCCAGCGAGGAGCCUGGGUCCGGGCUGGGCAUGGCCUUACCCACCCCUCCUACUUAACACCCGUUUUUAUUUUUGUUUGUUUUCUCUUGUGUGUGUAUUUCCUAAUUUAUUUACCUCUGUUUCCCCUUCUUUCUUUUUCUUUCUUUUUUUUUUAAUUAAAGAGCAAAGCUUUUUAUAACUUUGUAAUUUAAAAAACUGAAAAAAAAAAAUACUGAAGAACUUUGGGGGGAAUUUUGUACUUUUUUCCUGUGUAAAUAUUGGACUUUUUUGAGCUUUAUUGUGGUUGUUAAUUUGAAGUAAUAAAGUAGAAAAGGAUCAAGUGA